CUUCCGCCCUCCAAAACCAAAACCAGAAUCGAAACUGCGCAGGGGUCCAUGCAGCAGGAGCCUGCACCCGCCCGAUCUCCGGGGCCCCAGCAGGACCCCGCCCUGCCCCACGCGCCCACCAUGCCGCCCCCGGAGCCCCCCUCCGAAGGCCACCAGCCCAGCCCCAGCCACAGCCCUACAAAGCAAGCCACCGACGAGGAGUUCCAGUUCCUGUGCUGCCAGGGCUGCCAGGUCGAAGCCAAGUGCCCCAAGCUGCUGCCUUGCUUGCACACGCUGUGCUCGAAAUGCCUGGAGGUGCCAGGCGUGCAGUGCCCCAUCUGCCAGGCUCCCCGGCUCCCGGGCACUGACGGGCCAGCCCUGGAUAACGUCUUUUUCGAGAGUCUGCAGCGGCGCUUGUCCGUGUACCGGCAGAUCGUGGACGCGCAGGCAGUUUGCACCCGCUGCAAAGAGUCGGCCGACUUUUGGUGCUUCGAGUGCGAGCAGCUCCUCUGUGCCAAGUGCUUUGAGGCGCACCAGUGGUUCCUCAAGCACGAGGCCCGGCCGCUGGCUGAGCUCCGCCACCAGUCGGUGCAUGAGUUCUUGGACGGCACUCGCAAGUCCAACAACAUCUUCUGCUCCAACCCCAACCAUCGCACCCCUACGCUGACUAGCAUCUACUGUCGAGGCUGCUCCAAGCCGCUGUGUUGCUCGUGCGCGCUCCUGGACACCGGCCACAGCGAGCUCAAGUGCGACAUCACCGCAGAGAUCCAGCAGCGGCAGGAGGAGCUGGACACCAUGACCCAGGCGCUGCACGAGCAGGACGUCGCCUUCGGGGAGGUGCACGCGCAGAUGCGCUCGGCCAUCGGCCAGCUGGGCCGCGCGCGCACCGACACCGAGGAGCUGAUCCGCGCACGCGUGCGCCAGGUGGUAGCACACGUGCUGGCGCAGGAGCGCGAGCUGCUGGAGGCCGUGAACGAGCGGUACCAGCGCAGUUACGAGGAGAUGGCCAGCCGGCUGAGCCGCCUCGACGCUGUGCUGCAGCGCAUCCGCACGGGCAGCUCGCUGGUGCAGAGGAUGAAAUGCUACGCCUCGGAACAGGAGGUGCUGGACAUGCACGGCUUCCUGCGCGAGGCGCUCUGCCGCCUGCGUCAGGAGGAGCCCCAGAGCCUGCAAGACACAGUGUGCACCGACAGCUUCGACGAGUUCAAGGUGCGCCUGCAGGACCUCAUCUCUUGCGUCACCCAGGGAACAGAUGCAGCUCUGUCCAGGAGAGCCAGCCCAGAGGCUGCCAGCACUCCCAGGGACCUUUUUGACGUUGACCUGCCCAAGGAGGCACAGAAGGCCCAGGCCCUCGGGCUGGCUGAAGCCCAACCUAUGGCUGUGGUACAGUCAGUGCCCGGGGCACACCCUGUGCCAAUGUAUGCCUUCUCCAUCAAAGGCUCCUCCUACGGAGAGGAGGUCUCCAAUACAACCACACCCCAGAAGAGGAAGUCCUGCCAGACCCAGUGCCCCAGGAAGAUCAUCAAGAUGGAAUCUGAGGAGGAGAAAGAGGCGAGGUUGGCCCGGAGCUCCCCUGAACAGCCCAGGCCCAGCACCUCCAAGGCAGUCUCGCCACCACCCUUGGAUGGGCCCCCCAGCCCCGAGAGCCCCACCGCAGAAAACGAGGUCAUCCAGCCCAACAGCAACCACGUGACCAGCAACGCAGAGGAGGCAGAGGAGCGCGUCGUGGUGAUCAGCAGUUCGGAAGACUCAGAUGCCGAAAACUCGUCCUCCCGAGAGCUGGACGACAGCAGCAGCGAGUCCAGUGACCUCCAGCUGGAGGGCUCCAGCUCACUCAGGGUCCUGGACGAGAGCCUUGCCGACCCCCAAGCAGAAGACAGGCCCCUGGUUUUCUUUGACCUCAAGCUUGACAAUGAAACCCAGAAGAUUAGCCAGCUGGCUGCCGUGAACCGGGAGAGCAAGUUCCGUGUGCUCAUCCAGCCCGAGCCCUUCUUCAGCAUCUACUCCAAGGCCGUCUCCCUGGAGGUGGGGCUGAAGCACUUCCUCAGCUUCCUGAGGACCAUGCGCCGCCCCGUCUUGGCCUGCUAUAAGCUGUGGGGGCCCAGCCUCCCCAACUUCUUCCAGGCCCUGGAGGACAUUAACAGGCUAUGGGAAUUCCAGGAGGCCAUCUCGGGCUUCCUGGCUGCACUGCCGGUCAUCCGGGAGCACGUGCCCGGGGCCAGCAGCUUCAAACUCAAGAGCCUGGCCAAGACCUACCUGGCGAGAAACAUGAGCGAGCGCAGUGCCCUGGCCGCCGUGCUGGCCAUGCGUGACCUGUGCCGCCUCCUCGAGGUCUCCCCGGGCCCCCGGCUGGCCCAGCACAUCUACCCCUUCAGCAACCUGCAGUGCUUCGCCUCCCUGCAGCCCCUGGUACGGGCCGCGGUCCUGCCCCGGGCCGAUGCCCGCCUCCUGGCCCUCCGCAACGUGAGCUUCCUGGAGCUGCUGACCGCACACCACCAUAACCCGCAGGGGGGUUUGAAGAAGUACAGCCGCUACCUGAGCCUGCAGACCACCUCACCACCCCCUACCCAGCCUGCUCUCAACCUGCAAGCUCUGAGCACCUACUUUGAAGGCCUGUUGGAGCAGCCAGCCUUGGCACAGGCACAAGGUGUCUGUACCCCUCUCGCUGGCCACAGCGUGGCAGAAAGGGCCUCCCAGCAGAGCUGAGAGGAGAGGGUGACUGUCUGGGGCUUUGGGGGCAGAGAGGGAUGGGGUACCUGAGCCAGGCCACACCCAGUACAGCAUUCCCAAGUCCUGGUCCAAGUACUCAGUUGUCAUUUCAUCCAGAAUCAGUUCUCUGUCUCUGGGACCAAAUUCCCUUUUUCUAAAAAUCCUACAGAGAAGUUUCCAAAGCCAAGUACUACCCCCCCUCCCUCAACUCCCCAGGAGCACACCAGACCCCGAGCCCCUCCCUGCAGGAGCCAGAGCCAGGGAGAUCCUGAGUGAAGAAGACACCACGACAUGACCUUUGGGCUCUCUAAAUAAGUGGCCCCCCCCUUGCCCCAGCCACCCCACCUGCCACUACCCAUGGGAGUGCUUAAAGCUCCUCCUGACCCCAGCCACUGCCCCAGGGGACCUGCUGGCACUCCCACGGACAGGGACAGCAAUCUGAGGUGACACUGCAAUAGCAGCAGCCCCAUGGGGACCCAAAGUGCCUUUCAAACCAAACUGCCCCUCAUGGUUUGGGUUCUUCCAGCCUCUGCCUGCCCAGAGGCCAAAUCUCUGCUCACCUCCCCUUGGACAUAUUCAUCCCAAAGAGUCUUAUAUCAGCAGAGACAGAAGCUGUUGCUCCAUGCAUGUCCAGCUUCCAAAGUCUGACUUUCCAAAGCUUCAUUCAUCAUUCCCUGCCACCCAAACACCUCCCCUUCAUCACGGCUCUGCUCUUUGUUCCUCAGGCCACCAGACCCCUCUCAGCGCAGUCCUCCACUCUCCCUGCACUGCCUCCAUCCUCAGCCCUCCCAAGGAAUCUCAAGCGCUACUCAAGGUGUGGUCCAGGGACCUGCCGCACUGACAUCCCCCGAGAGCUUCUUAAGAAUGCGGAUCCGUGGGCUCUAACUCAGGCCUCCAGAAUCAGAAUCUGUGGGGCUGGGGCCCAACAAUCUGUGUUUUAACAGAUUCUCCAGAUGAUUCUGGGGCAUGCUCAAGUUUGAGACCCACUGCUCUAGUAGACCACACCUCCGAAGGGAAGCAGUGUGGAUCAGCAGAGAAAGUCCUGUCCCUGUCUCUGAUUAUGUGCAUUAAGUUUACCUAGCAAAAGGCCCCUUGCAGAGCCCAGUGUCCCCAUCUGUAAUAUGGGCUUAUUGGCCUGCAUGGUCUCAGAGCUCCCAUGCAGCUCUGCCAUCUUGGGUGUUUAGGAAUGGACAGGAGGCCUGCAGGCCACUGCAAACAUCUGAGGCAGUGGACAAGAAACUCUCUUAUCCUUGAACCCUAGCUCCCAUUCCAAGCCAUUGGUCCCCAACCUCGUGGUUACACCAGAGGUCAGCAGCGGAACACAGGCAGGUCAGGGCUAUCCCCUGUGACGAGCAGAACCACUGUCCCUUCCCCCAUCCUUCUUCCUCCUCCAUCUCUCCCAUCCCUCCUUCUUGGCUCUCUGCUCCUGGGAUGCUUUGCAGACAGCCCAGGCCUCCGGCCCCCAUGGCUGAUGGCCUCAGCUUGCACAUUGGUGAUCUGAGCCUGCACCUCAUCCCCAUCCAGAGCAUGUCUUGAAGAUCCACCCAGGGAUUCCAUAGGAACUUGUUCCCGUGAUGGGAGUGUUGGCUCUAACAGUGAACCCAGAUGCAUUUAAAAUAAGAUUCUGAUGCCAGGCUGUUCAAGCAGGUGCUGGGUGUGAAGCUCCUGUGGGGACAGGCUGAUGGAUGGAGGGGAGGAUGGAACCCCCACCUGACUGUGCUGACUGUCUCAGCAGCUGGUAAGGCAGUACGUGGGCUGCUCCUAUCAUCCCCCCGCCCCCCCAGCCUAGCCCUGGACUGAGCGGUGCAAACUGAUUUUGGCUCCACCAUGCUUGCAAUCAGAGGUGGUUGAUCACAGGUUUUAUAACAAAAGGGCACACUGCUCUGCCUCCACUAUCACAGCCUUUAAUAAAGAUGUGAAACUUGAAAGCCCGAUGCUCCCAUCACAAACUGCUCCAUCCACCCUAGAGGAGCCAUUGAGAAGCCUCCUGUCAGGAGAGGAGGGGGCUCUUCCACGCAUGGAUGAGUGGGCACUUGCCCGGCCCAGCUGGACUUUGUGGGGGUCUUUCUGAAUUUGGCAGAGCUGAGAGCCCCUCACUACUCUGUGCUGAGGGCCUCAAGGAUAUGAACUUCCAGUUGGGGAGGCCUGGGGUGGGCUUGCCUCGGGAGGGAGCAUCUCCAAAGGAGAGAGGCAUGGGGAGGAAAA